AUGAGUACAGGUACGACACUGGAAUCAGUAGAGCACGGCCGGCUGGAAAAUCGUAACGUUGGUGAUUCGAGGCUUUUGUCAACUGAUAAUACACCCCGCAUUGGAUCGAAUACAAAAGAUAAACAAGCUGAAUCAGACACCAUCCCAAAUCCGAAUAAUAGUCCAAAGGAGAUAGAACAAUAUCAUUUCCCAUUGCAUAAGGUAGAUAGCUAUGGGGCAUAUAGGUCACUAGAGGAGCAAAUCGACUUGCGAUUGGCUUCACUGAACAACCCCACUAUCAUAAUGGAGUUGGAUCUCGACGGUGGCAUCAGGUACUUGUCCAAAAACUGGGAAUAUAUUGUUGGUACCUCAAUAAGCAAAAUCACACAUCGACCCAUCUCCAAGAUUAUUGUGGGAAACAAUGAAGACGAUUACAAUGUUUUUAACCAAGCUAUUGAGUCAAUGACUCGUGACGAUGCAAGCUACAAAGUAAAAUUCAUAACAGCAACCAACCAUACAAGACAUGACAUUGAUGGCAAUGAAAUCCGUGGCGAUGUGGAGGAGCUUGUCCGUGACAGGGCAGAUGUCAAUCAAGAUGGACAACUUACGCCUCAUAAUUCACUAGAGGAGACGAACGAGGUUGAUUUACCUGUGGAAGACUAUAUACCUCUUGAAACAAAAAAGUCGGAAAAGCUCGAGCAAGUUGACCAAUCUUCCCAAAGAAGCUCGAUAUCUACAUCCAUAUCCAACGAUGGAGGUUACAUAGAGCUUGAAGCCCAAGGGAUCCUAAUCCAUGACUCCCAAACUAAGCUUCCGACACACUCGAUGUGGACGGUACGGCCAUUUGUACAAAUUGAUUUGGAGUUAUCAAUCCCGGAUGCAUUGAUCGACUUGUUGGGAUUUGGCUCAGAGAUUUUCGAAGGAUACUUGAUAAACUUGAAACUGUUAGGUGUUGCCGAUGAAGAAUAUGUGCCCCAGCCUAAUACAAUAUUGUGCCGAAUUUGUGAAACUAACAUUCCAGCAUGGUUUAUUGAAAAGCAUAGUGAUUUAUGUCUAAUUGAACAUCGUGCCGACGAAGACUUGCAACAAUGUCAAGAUGCUAUUGUGGAGCAACGAGACUUGAUUGUCAAGAUAAUAGAAAGUUUGGCUUUACAGACUCAGCAACCAAAUUUGUACCUGCAGCAACAGGCUGGACAAGGGAGUCAGAUUGGCUCUGGUCAACAGCCACUGACUAUAUCGCUGGCACUGUCGCCGACGCUGUUACUGCCAAACGCGUCAACACACCUGUCAUUAUCCCUGAGCUCAUCUGAUGACGAUAAUUCUGCAAGUUCACUGCCCGUUAUUCGUGACUACAAGGGUCUUGCAUUGCCGUUAGUUUCAAGUGAAGGUUCGUCGCCUCGACUUGCGAACAAAACAAUGACCAAAAACUUUCAUUCGAGGAACAAGAGCUUGAUGUAUUCAAAAAAAUUUCCAUUCGGGACUUUACAAAGGAUCAAAGAGUUUUGUGAUGAAGCUAUCGCGGUAAACCCACCAUCGAGCAACAGCAACAACAACAAUAACAACAACGGUGACGAUUUGCAAAAUUUUGUAUCAUUCUCUCCGGAUUCUGAAAAGUCUUUGAAUUUGGUGAUGAACCCCAUGAGUAUUGAAACUUCUGAUGCCGCUAUAAAACAGAUACUAGAGGAUACAAAGGAGCUUGUGAAUGAGAAGUUGGAGACUUUGUCAAGACUAGUUUCCAUAUUGCAGUACCUGAAUAAAAUCAAAAGCGAAGUCGAUUUAUUGGUGUUGGAAACAGUGAGAGAAACAGUCGAGAAAAUAAGAAGCCAAACAGCAACUAAAUUAUCAAGAAGCUGUACACCCUCGGAUAGUAUCGAACAAUCGAGACUGCCAGUUGUGCCACAACUGGUUAAUGUAACAGAUGUACAAUCGGGCUAUUCGCCACAUGUACGGCCAAGUCUGGGCAAAAAUUCCCGAGAAAAUAGUACUCACAAUUUGGAGCAACCUCCUAUGUUUGCACCCAGACCCUCUAGAAGCAAAAGUCCUAUGGAGCUACUUCAGGACUCUCAGUUUGAAAAUGCUGUUACUCCAAAGGAUAUAUUGAUGAAUGAUUCAAGGCACCUAUCACUUAAUUCGUCCUCUUCAUCCUUAUCAGGGCGCCGAAAAUCUAGUUGGAAUGAAGUACCACAACGACGCCUGUCCAAUGAAGUUUCACGCACAUCGUCGGGAAACAAUACGAAUUAUUCUUCUCCCAUACGACAUUUGUCCCCUGCGCCAUAUACCGAGAAGAGCAGCUUGACAUCAAUCCAACGAAGUGGUGCCGUUAAAUCAUCACCCAUGGCGUUACAAGCAGCUGAGUCUGACCUUGGCGGUUCUGGGAUUGAUAAAAAGAUUACCAAAUUAUCUUUGGAUACGGCUGCUACACCAAUGCAACAAAACUCUCCAUCAUACUCACUUAGCCAUGGAACCCCAAGUCAAUUAAGUAGCUCAAUUUCUAGGCCACCAUUGUCUCCUUUGUUAGUUUCAACACAGCAAGCCCCAGCCAAACCAGCUGGUAUCAAAGACUAUGAAAUAGUGAAACCCAUUAGUAAAGGCGCUUUUGGCUCAGUAUUCCUUGCAAAGAGAAAGUUGACGGGAGAGUAUGUUGCCAUAAAAUGUCUUCGCAAACGUGAUAUGAUUGCAAAAAACCAGGUUCUCAAUGUUAAAUCUGAAAGAGCGGUAAUGAUGCGGCAGAGUGACUCUCCCUAUGUGGCGCAAUUAUACUCUAGUUUCCAAUCAAGAGAUUUUCUAUACUUGGUGAUGGAGUACUUGAAUGGUGGUGAUUGUGGGAAUUUGAUAAAAACCUUGGGCGUUUUGGGCCUCGAAUGGUCUGCGCGUUAUAUUGCUGAGAUAAUUAUUGGCGUGAAUGACUUGCACGAAAGGGGAAUCAUCCAUCGUGAUUUGAAGCCGGAUAACAUUUUGAUUGAUGAGAAUGGCCAUUUAAAGCUAACCGACUUUGGUUUAUCAAGGCUAGGUGUAGUGGGUCGUCAAACAAACCACAGGAAGAGUAGUGUCAAUGAACAGAGUGUUGAGUUAUUCCGCAGCAUCUUUGGAACUCAUGGUGGCAGUGGAAGCGCAAGUGCAAGUGCAAGUGGACCAAAUUCAGCAGGGCUAGAUAAUGAUGAUCUGCGUGGUAAGAGAAAUAGUUCUGGCAGUUCCAUGGUGCUAUCUCCUUCUUUAGAGAAAUCAAGAUUGACGCACCAAAAUCAUACCCCGACAAAUUCGCUUCAAGCGGGAUCGUCUCCCACUAUGCAGUUUUUGGAAACUUUUGGUAGUAAUAAACACAGAACAGGAGGCCGAUCGAACUCCGGUGGGUUGGAAUCACCAUUGUUGAAACCGAUUAUUCCAAGAACUGCAUCUGAGUCUUCCUUUGCGCUAAUGGAUGAUGAGAGCUCAAAUUCUCCAAUUACGAAUUAUGCAUUGUAUGACCCAAAAUUAACAGCAGCUGUAACUUCAGGAUCGGAUUUAGGAGCAAGUGCUGAAGGGAAUGACGGGGGUGUUAAAAGAUUUGUGGGCACUCCCGAUUAUCUUGCACCCGAGACUAUCCGAGGUAUUGGACAAAGUGAGGCAUCAGAUUGGUGGUCCAUUGGAUGCAUUUUGUUUGAAUUCCUAUAUGGCUACCCGCCUUUUCAUGCCGAUACUCCGGAAAAAGUGUUUGAUAACAUUUUACGAGGUGAAAUAGAUUGGCCAAACUUGCCACCUGAAGAAGAUCUGAAGCUAUGUUCUCCAGAGGCAAAAGACUUAAUUGAGCGACUUUUGGAGUUGAACCCAGAGAAACGAUUGGGCUCGCAAGGAGCUGAUGAGAUAAUGAUGCAUCCAUUUUUCAAUGAAAUUAACUGGGACGCUGUUUUUGAGGAACCUGCACCGUUUGUUCCCAAUUUGGAUAAUCCGGAGCUGACAGACUACUUUGAUUUACGAGGCGCUUCAUUGGCGCAAUUUCCCAAUGACGGGUCAUCAUCAGAUGAGGACAAGGAAGCAGAAGGCAAUGCCCAAAGAGGACAGUCGUUCAAUUCGCUUCACUUGCCUUCGGUUAACAACACCGCUUCAACUUCACUGAUCAAAAGAGAGCGCCGUUCCAGUAGAUUAAGUGAGGCUGGAGAGUUUGGACUGUUUCAUUUUAGAAACUUGUCGGUAUUGGAGAAGCAAAACAAGGAUAUUAUAAACAGGUUGAAGUCAGAACACUUGGAGCAUCGAAAUAGUUUUUCGUCAUCUUCCCUGGAAGGUACCCCUGUGAUGAGAUCUAGAGGAUUGUCCUUCGGUAAUGUACCAGGUACCGGAUCCGGAGUAAAUCUAUCAAAUCCGACCGUUGCAUCGAGCCCUUUCAAAAGACCAGUAUCUCCACCACUAGGAACCGCCUUAGGCUCGCCGGCGAAUGCACAUACUAGGUCCUUAUCGCCUCACCGAGUGUUUGAAAGUCCAUCUAUUUCAUUCGGAAAACACGAAAGAAUACCUUCGACUGUUAGUACCUAUUCACUGGGGGAUGAUACCAACCAAGACUCGCCAAACACAUCAUCGUCCUUCACUCAUCAAAGAUCUGGUAGCUCACCUUACAUUCAAGGCUCGGGAAAGACGGCCGCUAGUCCAACAACUACUUCAAACUUAGCUCCUACCCCCAACUCCAUGUUAUACUCGUAUUUGAGUCCGAACGUGCUCCAUACUCAGCAUUCGUUCUUCAGAGACACUUCAUCACCAAACUCGUCAGAUUCGGAGGAGACGACAAGAUCAAAUGCGUUAUUAAGAGUACAACGUCGAAGAGAAAGUUCAAGGAUGUCUGAAGAGAUUUCCUUAAAUCAUGAUCUUGAUGUUCUAUAUUGUGAGCCAAUUUCUUCUGUUCGUCAUCAAGUUGUGAAAUUGUUGGAAAGGGCUGGGUGUAUAGUUGUUUCAGUUUCAGACGGGGAGGACUUAAUCAAGCGGGCAACAAGUCAGGUGAAAUUCGACCUUAUAAUGACAGCGUUGAAGCUCACUAAAGUGGAGUCCAUCGAUGCUGUCAAAUUAAUCAAGUACACCGCAGGUCUGAAUUCUACCACUCCUAUUAUUGCAGUGACUGGAUUUGGUGAUGAGGCAAGGAAGUCGCAAUGUUUCGACUUUGUUAUUGAAAAACCUGUUACUUCUGAUAAGAUCAAGGAGUGCUUGAAGAAGAUGUUGAAUGAUGAAGCUGUUAUUGAUUGA